AUGCUGGACACACGUAAGUCUCGUCGUAUUUCGACAAGCGACGCUAACAACAACAAAGGACAAAUUACAGACCUCCGAGAUAAACUCAAUGCUGGCGCCCGCGACCUCCGCAUACAGCUCAACCGUUCAAAACCAACUGACUUACGACGACAGUUGGAGCGAGCUAAAGGUCAUUUUCAACCCCCGGCGCAUGACACUAACAUAUCCACGGACCUCCGCAUCUUGCUAGACUCUAAGCGAGUACAAACGGGACAACCGCUGAACGUCAUCAUGGGAGGCUCCCCUCCAAGCGGAGAUACCGUUCGUUCGGUAAAAGACUAUCGUCGACAGGUCGCGACUUCCCAGAAGUGGCCGACUAAACCGACAAAUCAUCUUCCGAUAACCUUCUCACCGGACGACGCUGAAGGAGUUCACGCUCCCCAUAACGAUCCUCUUCUCGUCAUCCUUGGAAUUGGAGAGUAUGAUGUCACCAAGGUCCUCAUUGACACUGGAAGUUCUGUCGACCUCAUCUUCCGAGGAACUCUACAGAAGAUGGGAGUUGAUCUUGACGACAUAAAAGCGUCUUCCAGGACAUUAACCGGAUUCAAUGGAUCCUCCGAAAUCAUGAUGGGAACGAUCCGCCUCCCGGUACGCGCGUGUGGCGUUACUCGAACGGUUAAGUUUGCCGUUGUAAGCACAAAAGCUCCUUACCACGCUAUACUUGGCACCCCUUGGCUACACUCGAUGCAAGCCGUUCAUUCCACCUACCACCAGUGCGUCAAGUUUCCUCGUACGGACGGAAGGAUAAAAACGCUGCGAGGGGAACAAAAGGCCGCUAGGGAUCUCCUAGUCGCCACAGUCAAACUCCAACGAUCAUCUCUGCCCGUUAAUUCUGUGUCUCCCCCAACCUCAAAAGUCCGUUCCCAGGAAAGCGAGAUUCUCGAGUUCCCUAUUGACGACGCCGAUCAGAGUCGAACCGUAAGAGUUGGUGCAUACCUUUCUGAGGAAAUGCAGCAGUCAAUUCUGAACUUUCUCAGGAAGAACGUGUCUACAUUCGCUUGGUCUAUGGCAGACAUGAAAGGCAUCGAUCCGACUAUAACGACCCACGAGCUAAACGUUGACCCGACAUUCAAACCUAUCCACCAGAAGCGACGUAAACUCGGCCCUGACAGGUCGAAGGCCGUAAACGAAGAAGUUGACAAGCUACUCAGCGCAGGUUCGAUCGCUGAGGUCCGCUAUCCUGAAUGGUUGGCCAAUCCGGUAGUCGUCAAAAAGAAAAAUGGCAAAUGGCGCGUCUGCGUCGACUUCACCGAUCUGAAUAAGGCAUGCCCAAAGGACAGGUACCCUCUUCCCAACAUUGACCGUUUAGUCGAGUCUACCGCUGGAAACGAGAUGCUGACCUUCAUGGACGCCUUCUCUGGAUACAAUCAAAUAAUGAUGCACCCAGAUGAUCGCGAGAAGACGGCCUUCAUCACAUAUAAGGGAACCUACUGCUAUAAGGUCAUGCCGUUCGGUUUGAAGAACGCCGGAGCAACCUACCAACGACUUGUAAACAAGAUGUUCGCAGACAAGCUGGGCAUCACUAUGGAAGUGUACAUCGACGACAUGUUGGUUAAGUCACUCCAUUCCACUGAUCACCUUCGUCAUCUUCAAGAAUGCUUUGAAACUCUCAACAAAUACGGCAUGAAGUUGAACCCAGCAAAAUGCACAUUCGGAGUCUCCUCAGGCGAAUUCCUCGGCUACAUAGUCACACAGCGAGGAAUCGAGGCAAACCCGAAGCAAAUAUCCGCGGUCCUGAACCUCCCAAGUCCGAGGAACAGCAGAGAAGUACAAAGGCUCACAGGCCGGAUAGCUGCUCUAAAUCGUUUCAUCUCCAGAUCCACCGAUAAGUGCCUCCCCUUCUACGAUCUCUUGCGAGGAAAUAAGAAGUUUAUUUGGGAUGAGAAGUGUGAGAAUGCAUUUACUCAACUCAAGCAAUACCUAACAACACCUCCAGUACUCGCUAAGCCGGACGUAGGCGAUGUUCUAUCUCUCUAUGUCGCGGUGUCACAAGCUGCUGUCAGCAGCGUUCUGAUAAAGGAAGACCGCGGCGAACAAAAGCCCAUUUUUUACACAAGCAGACGCAUGACCGCGCCAGAAACGCGAUAUCCGACUCUAGAAAACAUGGCUUUAGCAGUUGUCGAGGCAGCAAGAAAGCUUCGACCCUAUUUCCAGUCACAUUCAGUGGAAGUACUGACCGAUCAACCUCUUCGAACGAUACUCCAAAAUACCAACAGAUCUGGCAGACUCACGAAGUGGGCCAUCGAACUCGGCGAGCUCGAUAUUACCUACAAGAACCGCACAUCGGCGAACUCAAACUGGACGCUGCACGUCGAUGGAUCAUCGACCAACAAGGGAGCAGGAGCCGGAGUCCAACUGCAGUCCCCGACCGGAGAACUAAUCAGGCAGUCUUUUAGCUUUGGCUUUCCCGCGUCAAACAACGAAGCAGAAUACGAAUCUCUGAUCGCCGGACUCCGCUUAGCAAAAGCCGUAAAAGCUAAACGACUAAGCGCCUAUUGCGACUCUCAAUUAGUCGCCAGUCAGUUCAGCGGCGACUACGAUGCCCGCAACGACCGAAUGGAUGCCUAUCUCAAAAUAGUGCAAAGCCUGACAGCAGAGUUUGAGUUCUUCGAACUCAUCAAAGUUCCCAGAGGCGAAAACGUCUGCGCCGACGCCCUCGCGGCCAUUGGCAGCAAGCUUCGCGACCAAGUUAAACGAACCAUCCCGAUACAUCGCAUUGAGAAACCAAGCAUCGAUAUUCCUAUCGACCAAACCCUCGUAGCCCCGGUCAUCGAACCUGCUACUCCAGAUGACGACGGAUUUGGUCCUGAUUGGAGGACUGAGUUUAUCGAUUACCUUUCGAAGGGAGAACUCCCAAACGACAAAUGGGAAGCUCGCCGACUAAAAACACGCAGCGCCCAUUACGUCGUUCUUGACGAUGAACUACACCGCUGGACCGCGAGUAAAGUACUCCUAAAAUGCAUUCACGGCGACGAGACAGCAAGGGUUAUGGCAGAGACGCACGAAGGCGCUGGCGGAAAUCAUUCGGGCGGACGUGCAUUAGCAAUCAAAGUAAGAAGCUUGGGCUUUUUCUGGCCAACAAUGAACGCAGAUUGCGAGUCUUACGCGAGAACCUGCGACAAAUGCCAACGGCACGCACCUAGUAUCCAUUGUCCAACCGAAAUGUUGCGAACAACCACCGCUCCGUAUCCGUUCAUGCGAUGGGCAAUGGACAUCAUUGGACCACAUCCCUACUCCCGCCAAAGAUGCUUCAUCCUCGUCCUUACCGACUACUUUACCAAAUGGAUCGAAGCUAAAGCUUAUGCUCAAGUCACGGACAAAGAAGUCUGCGGUUUCGUCUGGAAAAAUAUUAUUUCCCGCCACGGUUUACCUUAUGAGAUCGUUACCGAUAACGGAUCGCAGUUCAUGUCAGGCAACUUCAGGGAGUUCUGCAGCAAAUGGAACAUUCGACUAAGCCCCUCCACUCCUCGUUACCCGCAAGGUAAUGGCCAGGCAGAAUCCUCCAAUAAACCCAUCAUCGACGGCAUUAAAAAACGUCUGGAUCUGAAAAAGGGUCACUGGGCCGACGAGCUCGAUGGGGUCCUAUGGAGCCAUCGCACAACGCCGCGAGGAUCGACUAAAUCGACACCUUUUUCCCUCGCCUACGGUGUCGAAGCUAUGUCCCCCGCUGAAGUCAAUGUUUCAAGCCUCCGACGCUCAAAGAUGCCUCAAUACGUCGAACUCAACAAGGAAAUGCUACUCGACGCCCUUGAUGAGAGAAGAACGACGAGAUCAAGCUCUGCUGCGCAUCCAGAACUACCAACACCAGAUCGAGAGUUACUACAACAAAAAGGUCCGCGCCCGACCUCUUGA